UUCGUCCCGAGUCCUGCCCAAAAUUUCGCUGCUUACCCAGCGCGUUCUGCGCGCCUUCCGCUCUCCUCCAAGACCCGAACGCUCUCUGCUGUCACGCUCGCUCGCUUCCCUCGCGACCUCUGGACUAGCUCAAGCAAUGGCGGAGUCCUCGACUAUGGCCACUAUGGCAUCUGCAUCGACAUCAUCAGGCGUGAAGCAGAAGCUGGGCGGCUAUGAUUUCUAUCGAGAGGUCUUGGGCAGCCCGAAGUACGUUGUGGCGCCGAUGGUAGACCAGAGUGAACUGGCAUUUCGCAUCCUCUGCCGCCGCUAUGGUGCCCAAGUGGCGUAUACGCCCAUGAUCAAUGCCCAUGUCUUCCCCUUCUAUGGCAAAAAGCAGCAGGAUAAGAACUUCGAUGUCUCCGAGGGCGAGGAAGGCGCUCAGGGCCUCGAUCGGCCCCUCGUCGUCCAGUUCUGCGGCAACAAUCCGGACGAGCUGCUCGCUAGCGCCCGGAUCGUGGAGGCGCACUGCGACGCGGUCGACCUGAACCUCGGCUGCCCGCAGGAUAUUGCGAAGAAGGGACACUACGGGUCGUGGCUGCAGGACGAGUGGGAGUUGGUGUAUAAGCUGGUAAACACGCUGCACGAGAACUUGUCGAUCCCUGUGACAGCGAAGUUCAGGAUAUUCUCGGACCCGGAGCGCACGCUUGCGUAUGCGAAGAUGCUCGAGCGCGCCGGGGCGCAGAUCCUGACCGUUCACGGGCGGACGAGGGAUCAGCGGGGAGUGAACUCGGGCCUCGCAGACUGGAAGCAGAUCGCCAUGGUCAAGCAGGCCGUCUCCGUUCCCGUCCUCGCGAACGGGAACAUGCUCUACCAAGAGGACAUCGAGGCCUGCCUUCAAGCGACUGGCGCAGACGGCAUCAUGAGCGCGGAGGGUCUGCUCUACAACCCUGCUCUUUUCGUCGGUCUUGCUCCCCCUCCCCGUCCGUCUUCUUCUUCCAGCGUUCACCCACUGCUCGCCACCUCAUCUGGAUCCGCACCGAACCUCCACCCCUCCGUCACCGCCCUCGCCUUCGAGUAUCUAACGAUCUGCCGCGAGUUGAACACGCACACGAGCCUCGGCGCCAUCCGCGGGCAUUUGUUCAAGAUCCUGCGCCCGGCUCUGGCGAAGCAUACGGAUCUGAGGGAGAAGCUGGGUCGGGCGCGCGUGCGGGAUAAGGGGAAGGGGUGGUGGAAGGUGCGGGGAGAAGAUGGGAGCUUGACAGAGUACGAGGAGAUCAUUGGGGAGUUGGAGGAUAGGUUGAAGGCGGAUGCGGAGAGCCAUCCGGCUACCAUAACGGCCGAUCCGGAGACUGGACUGAAGGAGGUACCUUGGUGGCUGACCCAGCCAUACAUACGGCCUUUACCUGAGGUCACCUCGAAGACAGGUUCGGCGCUGAAGAGCAGAUUAGAUGCGCUGCGGGCAGAGCGAGCCCUGUCAACUUCACCGGAGACCGAACCUGGGAUGGAUCUGUCAGCGCUGGAAGGGCUCGAUGAAGGCAGACUUGUCGGUGUAUCGGCGUAGCCGCGUUCCUCGUCCGUUUCUGCAGGGGAGGGCCUGAGAGCCUUAAUAGCAGAUGUAGAGGAUGGGGUUUGUCCUGGGACCUAGAUAGACGUAUCGCACUAGACACAGCUAAUCUUCAGGCCCAAGUAUGGGACCACAGAUCAGGAGU